AGAGGCGGGGCUUGUGGAGAGACGCCGAGCGAGCAGAACAAGGGGCUGCGGACGGAGUUAAAGGGGGGAGAAAAAGAGAGGGUCUGUUUAGUAAGAGUAUACGAAAAGAGGAAAAAAAUAAAGAAAAUCAAAACCAGCAAGAAAGCGUCGAAGAGACGCGGGAGUCACCGACGGGUAUCUCUCCCCUCUUUCCCGUGGUCAUCCUUUGUCUGCGAAGCAGCGGAGGAAUUUAUUUGUGUCUCGGAGAGAAGGCAAGAGAAUGACGGCUCCCCGGGCUCCGGCAGCCGGCGGGUGAGCGGCCGAGCCAGAGACAGAGCCAGAGAGAGAGACGAGACAGGAGGCGUACUGCUGGCUAUUGGGCGGCAGAAGAAAGAAAGAAAAACAAACAAGAGGCGAGCGGCGGAGUCACCGGAGACGUGAGGGAGGAGCGGGCUGUGGGCAAGAGACACGAAGACGGAGAGGAGCGCAGGAGCAGGGAGACGGAGACGCCGCCACCGCCGCCGUCUGGGAGCGCGACGCUUGUGCAGGCUGCUCUCGAGCCCUCACCGCGAGACUCCAUAUUGUUCGGAAGGGGGGACAGAGGGAGGAGGGGCAGCAGGCACGCGCUGGCCAGUCCGCUCUUAAAGUCGCAAGAGGAGGAGGGGAUUUCAUGUCGGAGGACAGCAUCCCCUGGCGUGCUCGGGAAAAUUUAUUUCUAAGCAGAAACCGGAUUGAAAAAAAAAAGACACACACAGCGAGGCAAAUCGGGUCCAUUUUGCCCGGCAAGGGGAUAGACUGCAUUGCCACCUGAUGACAGCGGUGGGAGAAGCGGAUCAACAUCAAAAUUAAAAGGACCUCCCCUCCGCAAUCCUGGUAACCCAGGAAGGACCGUGGGAAGAAAACAGAUCAAGAGCCCUACUGAGCAACACCCCUUUCUGUCUCUCCAGACGGGACCCCCCUCUUGUCACCUUUUUUUUUAUUAUUAUUAUUAUUUUUAUUUAUUUUUCUAUGGGUGCGACUGCCUGACACUUUGCCGGUUUGAAGUUUAUGCUGCGGGACGAUAUAUUUUUAUGUGACCUUCCUCUUGCUCAUCAUCUUCUUCCUCCUUCACCAUCAUUCUAGCAGCCGGGAGGGAGGUGCGCUUGUCUACCGGCAGUGCUGCUUGUGGAUGCGGAUGGAUGAAAAAAUCGAGGUGGGGGCUGCAGUCAUUGGCCUAUAAAAGGAUUUCAAUAAAGCAGCCGACGAAAAAGAGAAUAUUUUAUUUCUGUAGCGCCUGAAAGAAGAGCAAAUCACCACCCCGAAGUAUUCAGGACCGAAUCAGACCUGUUUAUUAUUAUUAUUGUUAUUCACCAAAAAAGCAGCAUCUUCUGAGUCACCCUGGAAUAUAACUACUUUAAUAUUUAUAUAUUAUGGUUAUUUUUAAAUCAAAGACGUUUUUUCCCUUAAAGACACGUAUGCCUCGUCCUCCUGGAAAUCACCUUUAAAAAAAAAUCUCAUUUAAAUAUUUCAGACGUAUUUGCGUUUUUUUUUAACGCAGAUAAUAUUUGCGGAAUAUUACUAGACGAGCACUUUUAAUGGGAGUAAAUCGAGUGCAACUUGCUCAAAAAUCUUAAAACAAGAUUUAUUUUUUUUUAAUAACAUUGAAAAGCCCUGCUCAUCUGCACACGAGCUGCAGAGGAAGGGGAGGGGGCACUCGUUUUUAUUUAUUGCAUAUGCCCUUUGUGCGGGCAUUCCGUGAAUUAAGAGGAGCGGGUAUCAAAUUGACAAAAAUUUGACAAACUGCGCCAGUCCGUUAUUUAUCAUUCUUAUUAUUUUUAUGCUGAGAAGGGAUUGAUUAAUUCAUGCUGGCUUCAGUGAAGUCAGCAGAGGAGGGAGGCGACAGAGGAGACGGGCCUUGAGGAGAGAAGAGAGAGAGAGGAGGAGGAGGAGGCGGCAAUUCUGCUGGGCCUUUUUUGUAUUUAUUGACUUUUCUCCACGAUUUUUAAAGGAGAGACUUCUUAUAGAUAUAUAGAGAAUCGGGGUUCAAACUAUCGUCUUCGUGGAACGUUUUCUGAAAAUCGGGUAGCGCACGCAAUCCACUUCGUUUCCAGAUUUAAGACAUCCAAGCGCGGAGAAAUAAAGAAGUGCAAAAGCCCAGAGAGGACUCGGAGAUACGAGAUGGACCCGGCGGCGGUGCUGAUGGACCCGGGCUUGGACUGAUUGGGCUGAGCCUCUAAAUCUCCUCACGCUUAGCUCUUUUUAUAAUAUUUGAUUAAAAAGAAAAGGAAGAAGUGGAAUCCCUAUUUCCUCUUGGGAAUCGGAGGAGGUUCAUAACAACAACAUCAUCUUCACCAUUACGAGGCUGACAAGCAGGAAAGGAGGAUUGUGGGCAUUUCGUCGACUUGCCGACUUUUUCUUUGUAAAUCCGGACAGCCGCUGCCCUUUUCCCUCGUUCCCUGCCCCUCGAUCGCUCCCGAUGGAAGGCCAGUGUAGGAGCAGCGGCUUCAGGCAGAGCCGGCGCUCCCGUUCCCAGCGCGACCGCGAGCGGAGGCGCCGGCGUUCGGACCUUGGGGACUCGCGGGCCUACUCUCCAUCGUCCGGCUCGGAGAGAGAGGCCGCAGCCGGGCCUGGUGGUGGUGGAGGAGGAGGAGGUGGUGGUGGUGGCGGCGGAGGUGGUGGAGGAGGAGGUGGCAGUGGAAUCAACACGGGGGAUGGCAGACCCAACGCGGCCAGCAGCAGGCCUCGGCCUCCUCGGCGGAGGAAGAGAGAAUCGGUGUCGUGCGAAGAAGACCUCAUCGAUGGGUUCGCGAUCGCCAGCUUUAACAGCCUGGAGGCACUUGAGAAGGAUGCUGCACUGAAACCACCUGAGCGCGCUCAGCUUUGGGAGAGACGAAGCGGGAAAAGGAAACGGCCAGAUGAGAAUGGCCCAACCUCAGACCUUGAAGAAAGACGGGCUGAGAGUUCAGACCGAGACCGACCCAAUGGAGAAACCCACCAUGGGAGACGGGCAAAAAGGAAGAAACGGGAGAGCAAAUCACGGCGUGGCAGUGACAGUGAAGAUUUGCAGGCAGAGAAUGAUGGUUCCCGGCGUGGUAGCUCCCAUACGCUACCGAGUGAAGGCUCCGGGCAGUCCUACUUGGAAACUGGCUAUAUUGUAAGUAUCUGUAUUUGCACACUAGCAUCGUCUUCUAAAUUAAAAAAUAACUAUAAGACAAAAUGUGACAUAGAAAGUGAGUCAGAUGACAAGAUGUCAGAUGCUGAUCUGGACCAGUCCUUUGUUGUGUCUGCAAGCAAAAUGCCCUCAUCAGCUAUGGGCAGCAGUGCUGUGAAUGGACUCGACUGCGAACCCUCGACUCGCCUUUCAGUGACCUCGCGGGUAUCUGGUCUCCAGCGCAGCCAGGAGAAGAAUCAAGACCUCGAUGGCCGUGACCCUCUGCUUGUGCCUUUCCCUUCAAAAGGUCCUAUUCCACUCCACCAGGUGGACCCUGCCAUUACUGGCUCAAGGGGAGUGACAGUGGCCACCACUGGACCUCCCCGAGGAGAACCGUCAGUCUUGGGGAUUGCAAAUCCCUCCACUGCUCAGCAUAGCAGAGAGCCCUGUGGCAACUACCUCGCCUCAUUGGGCUCCUCUAGGGCACCCACCCCUGCUCGAACCCCAACAACAACAGCUACUGCCACUGCGGCUCCCCAGUCAAACACAAGUGGAGGCUCUCGUGCCACUCCCCAACCGAAAGCUCACACACCUCAGCCUCAUGGUAAGCUGUCUCACCAGUUUGGGUCUACACAGCAGCAGCCAACUCCGCAGUCGGUGUACAGCUCUGGACUCGGGCUUAACAAUGUCAGCCGAAGCAGCACUCCUGCCAAGACCACAUCAUCUUCAUCCCAGCUGCCUCUCCAUCGUCCACCUACGCCUUCAAGCCUGACACUAAAUCCCUCGCAUGGCUUCUCUGGAGCCACAAGACCUCCUUCACACCCAAAUGGAGCUGGGCUGUUUACUUCAUCACUGCCUCCGCCUCCACCACUAUUACAGGUUGCAGGGCACUCUGCCACUGCCGCUGCUGCGUUCUCUGAGCAGGACCUAAUCAGACAAGAGCUGAACUCACGCUUCCUGACGUCCCAGGGCCCGGAAGGUCGAAAUGGCCCAGCUUCUGCAACAGGGACUGGCAGCAUUGGCCCGCUGGCAUUCCAGUUUCACCAGCACAACCACCAGCAUCAGCACACGCACACUCAUCAGCACUUCACACCCUUUUUGCCGCCUGGUGCAGCUGCUGCUGCCACCGCCAUUGUACCCACCACGCCCACGCCCGCCAUGUUCGACAAGUAUCCAGGGAAAAUCGAAGGCCUCUACAGGCAAACUCCUUUCUACUCGGCAUAUCCUCCAUCAGUGGCUGGAAUUCAACCUGUGCUGCCACCUGCUGGGCCUUUUAGUUCACUGCAAGGAGCCUUCCAGCCCAAGACGACCACCCAAGAAUUAGCAGCUCGUUUGGGAGCCGUACCUCAUACGCUACAGCCAAAGGAUCCUCGGCUUUCGGAUCCUUUCCGGAGUACAUUGCGAAAACCUGGCAAGUGGUGUGCAAUGCAUGUGAGAGUUGCAUGGAUGAUCCUACGGCACCAAGAGAAGAUCAAGCUGAUGCAAGGAGACCCCCACAAACUGGACUUCCGGAAUGACCUCAUCACUCGACUUCCUGGCUCUGGGGCACUGGGCUCUCUCUCUAAUGCCCAUGAGCUAGCUAGGCCAGCGACUCUCUUCUCUGGAAGUGGCCCUGGACAUCAUGGUUCGUCUCCAUUUGUGCCUCCUGCUGGAGCCCCCAACUCCUUCUUGAAUGCACCAUCACAUCUAGAUCCAUUUGGACGUCCUUCUGCCUUCCCUCCGCUUGGAGCCCUAAGUAAUGGAGCUUUUGGUGGCCUGGGCAGUCCAACUCUGGCUGCAGCCAGUUCAAUGUUUGCACACAAAGAAAGUCCCGGGGGAGCGCCUGGUUUUGGAAGUCCCCACGACCCUUGGAAUCGGCUUCAUCGUACCCCACCAUCUUUCCCUACUGCCCCAACAUGGCCUAAAGGUGGGGAAGGAGAGCGGAAUUCCCACGAAAAGGAAAGAGACAGGGAACAGCGUGAGAGGGAACGGGAGCGCGAGAGAGAACGGGAAAGCGAGAAGAGAGAGAUUCCUCUCAUUAAGGACGAGAAGGAGAGGGAUGGAGUCUAUGGUCGGCACCCUGUGAGAAUGUCCCCAUUGAUUUCAACACAAAAGUGUUCCACCUCCUCUUCUAUUAGCCACAGUAACGGGCAUGGCCCCAGUGAGGAUGAACCACGAGCAGGACGCGAGUCUAGGGAUCGCAGUCGAGAGCACAGCCGGGAUCGGGUGGUAGGAGGGCCUCUGCCAUCUCAUCCCAGCCACAGAGAGAGGGAAAGCAGCCGGGACAGACCACAGUCGUCAUCGUCUUGUGAGCCAUCCAACAGUAAGGACUCUCCUUUUGAGCACAAGGAUCAGUUGCAGAGCUCCCAGCUUCAGCAGCAGAAGCCUUCCUCCCUGCCAAGCAGCUCGGCUGGCGGUGGUCUCACAACCUCUACCUCGAAUGCAAACACUGAGGACAAACGCAGCCCUGGGCUUGGAAAGGAGGCCAGCAAGCCAUUAUUGUUAGGUACAGCAACCUCUGCACCCCCGCUUAGGGAAAGUGGGAGACCUGGACCUUCAGUGUCUGUGGGUUCAGCCAGUGGAGGUGAUCGGGAACGCAAGCCGACCCCUGACUUGCACCUGCACCCUAAGAAGGGAGAAGCAAGCAUGCCAACUGCACUCAUUAAAGUGAAGGAGGAGCGCAAGGAAGAGCCAGAAUCGAUACCCAUUCCCAUCCCCAGCUCACAGCCACAGCACCACCCAGCACCGCUAGCCUUCGAGAGGCCUAACAGUCGGAGCAGCAGUAGUCAUCACAGUAGCAGCAGUGGCAGCAGCAGCAAUCAUCAUACUCCUCAUCUUCAUCCGAAUUUGCACCCUCUGCCUGCUUCAGCAGGGAGCAGUGGCGGCCCUUCUCCGAUGAGUGCCGCUGCCGCAGCAGCAGCAGCCGCCGCUGCCAUGGGUUUGACAGUUAACCCAGCAAUAGGCAGCCAUCCCAGCUCUCAUCCUGGACACCCUUUGAACUCCCUGACAAUGCUGGAGCGCAGCAGAGCCCUAGGGGGCUAUCUUGGAGUUGCGGGCCCUGCAGUGGUCCCUCCACAGCCCCCGGCAGAGCGUUUCGCCCACCACUCGGCAAUGGCAUUUCAGUGGGAUCUGUGGCGUGAGCCUUAUCGCAAUGCAGAGGCGUUACAUCAUCAUCACCAGCAGCAACAAGCUGUGGCUCAGCAGCGGCGAGAGGCCCUGGCUCUAAGGUCAGACCCACAGCUGGCACGUUACUUUGCUAAUCGCUUCUAUGAACCAGAGCGGGAGUUUGCAGGACUAGUUGAGAGGCAUCAGGCUCAUCACCCGCACCCAUUGCACCACAACCCCCACGAGCGGGGUCCCGCCAGCACUGCUGUGAUUGGCAGCAGCCUAUUGGACGAGCAUGAGCGUGCCCACAUCCUCCGUGAGGACUAUGAGAGGGCCCGAUUCUACGGGGUGCACUCGCCGGCUUCAGCAGCUGUAGCAUCCUCUGCCACUGCUGCUGCGGCAGCCGCAGCGGCAGCAGCUGCCUUGGACCCCCACCAGCACCCUCACCUGCCUCAUGCUGCCCUGCUGACCCCCACUACCGCCUUGUUUGCACGACUGGGCCCCAGCUUACACCAUCACCACCCGCAUGCUCAUCAAAACGGACUGCUGAGCAAAACCCCGCCUACUAUAAUAGGGUCACUAGGGGGUGGCCCUCCACCUCUCAUUCCUUCUGGAGCUGGGGGGCCCCCGAGGAACACUGGAUCACCUCGGAGUCGAGCUGGGGCAGACCUCUCGGUGCUCUACAGCAGUCACAAAGACCGGGACUCCAGAUAAUAAUAGUGAUGAUUCAGACGCUGAGCCCGCAGGAAGUGGAUAAAGAACACUUGAAGUCGCCAACACCCACCCUUUUUCCUGUGUUGCACCCAUCAAUCAAUCAUUAUUCUAUUUGUUGUUUAUUAUUAAUAUUAUCAUUAAUAAAUAUAUUCAGACUUUUUUAUUUUAUUACUUUUUUUUGAUAUUCUGGGUGCGGAGGGGGGCUGGAAAUAAUCCCCCUACCCAUCCUAACUGUAACUAGGAAUUUAAAAGACUGUUUUCUCUGAACUGUGAGAGUGAUUUUUCAGGGACUAGGAGAUCGGGGGGUGGCUGGGCUUGUGGGGGGCGGGGUGGGGUGAUGGGGGUCAUUGAAUUGUAAGGUGAAGACCCCUUUAAGAGUUAAGACAGUGAGACAUGACGUAUGUCGCUGUACAUAUUUAUAAAUUACUUAUAACCUGCUGUGGGACGUUUCAAUGUGUGGGAUGGGGCUGGGGAAUAAAAAGCAAAGAGAAGCAAGAGACUGAACUCAAUGAUUGAAACAAAAAAGUAUAUGAAUAUUUUGUACAUUUUUAAGGUAUGGGAUGUGAUAUUUUUAAGCAAUGUUUGUUUUUAUUUUUUAUCCCUUGCCCUGUUUUAAACCCUAUCCCUCCACCCCCAAGCCCUCAAUUCUGGAUUUUAUUGUAAUUUUUUUUCUUUUUCACGUUCUGGCUUAUUAUUAUUAUAAUUAUUAUAAUUAUUAUUAUAAUUA